AUGCCUCCCACGCUUCCAACUCCAAACAGAACAGAACCAGUGGUCUUAAAGACCUUGAAAGGGGUCAAGACUCAAAAGGGGGAAAGUAGCUCGCACGUGACGCUAUCGCGCUCCCUGCAAGCAUGUUGCAUGGCGCCAUCUCCGGUGUGGACCGCUGGUCUCGAUUGGCAGUGUAGCAAAUUGGAGGUGCAUGGGUCGGACAUGGGCCAGCAUGAUCCAGGGCGUGGGUCACGAUCGCAGGAUGGCCCCUGUCAGUCUCUUUACGAGCAAAUUAUCGAAUGGGAUUCGGAAACUCCGCUCAAACGGCGGAGCGAAGGUGGGGUCCCCCCCGGCCCCUCCAAGGGUCUGCGCUCUCCUCGCCUUGGACCCUCGCAUCAAAAGUUACAAAUCCUCGCGGAUUGGGCAGGAGGCUUGGCCCGAUUCGACAGGUGCGCCGGGAUUGCCUCGGUGGUGCCAAGCCACACUUUCCGCCAGAUUCGAGCAUCUGAUUCACACCCGCCAGACGUUGCACCGAUCUUACGCGGUGGCGCAAGACCGUUGUUUGUGCGCAAAAAUUCCUCGAGUCCCCGUCGGCCGGCGCACAAUCGGGCCCUCUGUGCUGAGCUUAACAUUCGUCGCAGCUGA